AAGAUUAGAUUAUGGAAGGACUGUUUGGGUUCAUAUGGGUGUGACUAUGGACUCUGACCUUAUUGUGUUCUUAAAGUAGCCUCUGCGUGCUGGAGACUAAGUGAUUAUGUGCUUUCGCUUCUUGGUCGACUCUUUUUUUUUUUUUUUAAACCUUUUGUUUUGUGGACGGAAACUCGAACGUCUACGCCCAUGAUUUUUGACUUGUUUAUGCCAAUAUUUCUUGGUCGAGGCAACUCUACUUGAAUAAGAAAACAAGGACGGAGCUGAAAAACAUGAAAGAUGUCCGUGGCGGGACUAAAGAAACAGUUUCACAAGGCAAGCCAGUUGCUCAAGGAAAAGUUCAGUGGUGUUGAAGGAACAAAGCUGGAUGAGGAUUUCAUCAGAAUGGAAAAGAAAACUGAAAUCACCAACAAGCUGAUUGUGGACCUUGUUAUGAAAACAACAGAGUAUCUUCAGCCAAACCCAGCCUAUAGAGCAAAAUUCAGCAUGCUGAAUAAAGUUUCCCGGAUCCGUGGAAAUACAAGGCCAGUUAGAUACCCACAAACAGAAGGAAUUCUGGGGGACUGUAUGUUAAUCUACGGUGCUGAGCUUGGGGUGGAGACUGCAUUUGGUAGUGCAUUGGUGGACAUGGGACAGUCCUUGAAACAGAUGGCUGAAGUAAGAGACUGCAUGGACACGCGAGUGAAACACUGCUUCAUCAAUCCACUUCAGAUGCUUCAUGAGAGAGAGCUUAAAGAAAUUUCAUACCAUCUGAAAAAACUUGAGGGUCGCCGUUUAGAUUUCGACUAUAAGAAAAGUUCCAAAAGGAGGUUUGCAGAGACGGAGCUUAGACAAGCUUUAGACAAGUUUGAGGAAUCCAAAGAGCUGGCAAAAAGAAGCAUGUCCAACCUCUUAGAAAAUGAUGUGGAUCAAGUACAUCAGCUGUUAGGCCUCAUUGAAGCAUCGAUGGACUAUCAUCAGCAAUCCCGUGACAUUCUGGAAAACCUCAGAAGCAGACUCCAGAACAAGAUAACUGAAACCAGCAACAGACCAAGCAACAGACCAAAGAGGAAGUUCAAAUCAAAAUCUCAAGCCAGUACAAUGUACUGCACAGACACCUUUGGGUUUUCCGCAAGCUCAUCUAAUGACACUGAGAUAACUCAAGAGCUGACUGAAAAAGGAAACUGCAGUUAUCCACUGGACCAGCCUUGCUGUCGGGCACUUUUCGACUUUAAGCCAGAAAGUCAACGUGAAUUAGCCUUCAAGAAGGGCGAAAUCAUUAUUCUCACUAACCAGGUUGAUGAGAACUGGUAUGAAGGGCUAAUCAAUGGGGAGUCUGGUUUUUUUCCUGUCAAUUACGUUGAGGUCCUCAUACCACUACCGCAGUGACAUCACAUCCCCAGUUCAUUGAGCCAUUACAGAAACUGUUGUAUUUUUGGUGCUUGGUCAAAGCUAUGCAUUUUAUUGAUCAACACCUCAAUCUGAAGAAUGUUCUUCACAGUCCAAAGCUAUCUUUAUUACACUAUGCAAGUACAUCAAUAUAGUGUCGUGAGCUUUUCUUUAUAUUGUACUGUUUAUAAUAGAGUCCAAUGAUGCAAUGUCCAGUAUAUGUAAUAUAAAUACAAUUUAUACAAUAUAUGAAAUUAUGCUAUAGCAAUAUUGCUAUAGCCUUUUGUGGAAGAGAUGCUGCUUUUUUUGUUAUAGCCAUAUGACAGCUGUAGUAUAAGGUUAAUAAUGUAAGCAUUUGCGAUUGUUUUAGAUAAUUAUACUUGGUAAAUUAAAUAAAUGGAACUGAAUGAAAGUUGGCAAAUAAAGGUUGUAACACGCCACAUGAUUACUGUGUGAAUGUGAAUAUUCCUGUCUGCCUUAGUGACUUUGUUGCUAUAUUUGUCACUUUUUAGACUUUCUUUAAGUGCCUAGUGACAAAUCUAGCUAUUUUUAAGCAGAUAUAAGUGGCUGCACUGCACUCAGUAUGAGUCUCCAUCUCAUGUCACGGCUGCUGAUUUAGCAAGAUGAAAGAGGGUUUGAUUGACCCAAAGCCUUUGUAACCACCAAGCAAUCACUGAUUACCCUUAUUGUCACCAGUACUGACACCCUUACUUUGUUAUUAAUUGUUUCUUUGCUAUAUUUGCAAGUAAUAAAAGAAAGUUAUUCUAUCUGUAA